AUCACGUGAUCCAACAUUGGCCGGUUUGUACUAAGAAACGCACCCGCUCAGUUCAUUGACAGAGAUGGCUACCGCGGAAGUGGAGCGAAGGCAAGGCCAGCAUGCGGCUCUGGCCAUAGCAGCAGUGGUCAUCAUUGUCGGAGUCCCUCUGUGGUGGCGGACAACUGAAACAUACCGCGCCUGGCUGCCCGUCACUCAGAUAAAUGAACUGGCUAAGCUGCAGCUGCAGCUGAGUGUGGAUGUGGAGGUUGUGUUUGCACGGGGAACCCUGACGCCCGAGCAGCAGAAGAAGGUCCCGCUGACACAGACACAGGAUGAGGAACACAUGGUAGACGAAGAUACAGCUUUGAGGUACAGGUAUGAGACCCGAUACCGCACAGCUACGAUCAUGGAGGAAGACGCCCUGAACCAGCCGACUGCUGCAGAGGCAGAUCUCUCUCUACACACACUGAGUGAGAGUCCAUGUGGCUCUGUGGUUGUCUAUGUGAUCCCAGAGGCAUCUUCACUGCUGCCUGAGGUGGUUGAAGUGUACAUUGGUCAGCGGCGGACAGCCAUGCUGCGCAUUGGUGCCCAGAUGAGAGUGGGCAGGACGCUGAAACAGCUGCUGGCUCACCUGGAGCCUCGCAUCCAGCAGGUGCUGCAGGUCAUGUCAUUCAGCCACAGUGACAUCACGGCCGCCCUCAGUGACAGAGUCCGUCCCAGCCCCGGCAACAAGGAGAGCUUGGCUGACAGCAUGAGAGCCUUCAAAUCCAGCCCAGGUUAUGAGAUCACAUUCAGUUUGUUGAACCCAGACCCAAAGUCACACAGGCUGCACUGGGACAUCGAGAGUGCUGUGCAGAAUUACAUCCAGCCUUUGCUUACAAAACUGGCUCCUGUGGCCAACUUCAGCAUCGACUCUCAGAUCUUGUACUAUGCUAUGCUGGGUGUCAACCCUCGCUACGACAGCAGCCUCAGCGCCUACACGCUCAGCGCUGACAGCCUUGCACACGUCAUCAACCCUGUGGAGGCUAGGCUGGGCUCGAAUGCUGCCUCUUCCAACCCGGUGUUGAACUUUCUGCUGUAUGUCCCAGAUGCUCACCAUUCGCCCCUUUACAUCCAUGACCACAAGAAACAAAAAGUUCACUCUAAUGCCUUCCACUCACCACGAUGGGGUGGUAUUAUGGUCUACAAUGUUAAUGAUUUCUAUGGACCAGACCCUGUGUUCCCGAUGGACAUCAACAUUAGCAUGGCAAAAGUCAUGGGAGUCUUCCUCGCACAGCUCCGGCUGCUGCUGGGCGUGCAGUCAUCUGCCACUCCUCCCGGCUUUGUGGUGGCAUCGUGUGGCAGCGCAGGACUGGCUGAUUGGGAGCUGGACCGCCUCAUGUGGAGCCGGACGGUGGAGAAUGUUGCCACAGCAACGACCACCAUCACCUCACUGGCACAGCUCCUUGACCAGAUAGGCAACAUUGUGAUCAAUGAUAAUAUCGCCCAGCAGGUGUCCAGUACUGUCACAUCACUGCAGUUGGCUGUGGCUGAACUGGAGGCGGGGAAUCUCGGCUUUGCUCUGCAAUACAGUAAAGAGGCCAUUUUGGCGUCAGAAAGAGCUUUCUUUGAUCCCUCGCUCCUCCAUCUCCUCUACUUUCCUGAUGACCAGAAGUUUGCUAUCUACAUACCGCUCUUCCUGCCCAUGUGUGUGCCUAUUCUGCUGUCCCUGCUCAAAAUGUUAUCUGAGGCACGACAGAGACGAAAGGAAAAACAAGCCAAGAGGGACUGAGGCACAGUCUUGCACAGACUUGAUGCGAUGAAAAUGUGGAUGCAACUCAAAACGAAUCGUGCACAAACUGUUAGUGGCCUUGAUAUUGAGGUAUUUUAAUGAAUGCUGUGUCCAGGGAGCCCAGGAGGGCAUGACAGAAGGUUCACUUGCAUCACAUCAUGGAGUGGUGGGGGUGCAAUUUAUUAAUGUUGUAUUGUUAUUUUUUCUCGUUUUAAGGAAAUUACUGUAUUUAUUUUAGGAUUUUAAUGAAUGACUGCUGCGUCUGUCUGACACUGAAUAGUUGGAAGCUUGAGUUUUUGUAAAUGUCAAGUUUUAUAUUUGAAUCUCUGUUUCUAUUUUAAAACAAUUAAACAAUUAAAGAUUCAGUCGUACAUCCUUCCA